AUGGCGCCGGGCUAUAAAAAGAGCCUGAGAGAACAGCUGGGUCUUUUGAUCUUGAAGACUUUCGAAAACUUUUGCAUUCUCCCCCAGUGGGUCUAUGGGGCUGGUCUACACACGUCUGCUGUUGCCAAAGGGAAACUCUACUUUGGUUCCGCCACCGAUAACCCCGAGUUGACUGAUGCUUCAUACUUGGCACAGCUAAGCAACACCGAUGACUUCGGUCAAAUCACUCCUGGAAAUGCGCAAAAGUGGGAUACUAUCGAACCUACGCAGAACACCUUCUCUUACACCAAGGGAGAUGUCGUUGCCGACCUCGCAGCUACGAAUGGCCAGAAAUUGAGAUGCCAUACUCUUGUCUGGCAUAGCCAACUGCCUAGUUGGGUAUCUAGCGGUACCUGGACCAAUGAAACCCUCAUUGCGGUCAUGAAAAACCACAUCACCAAUGUUGUUACCCACUACAAGGGGAAAUGCUAUGCUUGGGAUGUUGUCAAUGAAGCACUCAACGAAGAUGGUACCUAUCGCACCAACAUCUUCUACCAGACAAUUGGCGAAGCCUAUCUUCCUAUUGCAUUUGCUGCUGCCGCUGCGGCAGACCCGGAUGUCAAGCUUUACUACAAUGAUUACAACAUCGAAUCCUCCGGCUCGAAGUCCUCAGGGGCUCAGAGGAUCGUGAAGCUUGUACAGCAGUAUGGAGCCAAGAUUGACGGAGUCGGUCUGCAGGCACACUUUAUUGUUGGAAGCACACCCAGCCAGAGUGCACAAGCUACGAACUUGGCUGCUAUUGUGGCCCUCGGGGUGGAAGUUGCUUAUACAGAACUUGAUAUCCGGAUGACUCUGCCAUCUACUGCUGCUCUGCUCGCGCAGCAGUCAACCGACUACCAGAAUACUGUCGCAGCUUGUGUUGCGAACACCAAGUGUGUUGGCGUGACUAUUUGGGACUACACCGACAAGUACUCCUGGGUGCCCAGUGUGUUCUCUGGUCAAGGCGCAGCUUUGCCCUGGGAUGAGAAUUUAGCCAAGAAGCCCGCUUAUGCAGGUAUCUUGUCUGUUCUAGGUGGAGCUGCUUCUACUGGAACCACUACGACCGUUGCCACUGCUGCUACUACCACAACCACGGCAGGCUCUGGUGGCUCAACUGGUGUUGCGUUGUACGGUCAGUGUGGAGGAUCAGGAUGGACUGGUAGCACUGUAUGUGCGAGUGGAAGUUGCAAGUACUUCAAUGACUGGUAUUCACAAUGCCUGUGA